GAGGCGAGGUGACACAGGGACAGGUGACACAGUGUGUGCUGGAGAUGAUGAUCGCUGCCCCAGACACUCUCUCCGUGUCGCUCCUCUUCAUGGCUCUGCUCAUCGCUGAGCGGCCUCAGCUGCAGGAGGAGCUCCACCAGGAGGCCCUGGGCCUGCUCGGCCCCCUGCGUGCCCCCACCGUGCGCGAGCUCCAACUGGGCCUACCCCUCCUGGAGCGGUUUGUGAGCGAGGCGCUUCGCCACAGCCCUGUCGUGGACGUCAUCAUGCGGAGAGCCGUGCCCACGGUGGGGGGGGGCGGGGGGGGCGGCGGCGCUACCCUCGGGGGGGUGCCGGUGGCCCCCGGCACCAACGUCAUUGUGGACCUCCGCUCGCUACACUCGUCGCCGGGCGCCUUCACGGCGCCAUCAACCUUCAGCCUCGACAACUUCGCACAGCCGGUCCCUCCACGGCACUUCCAACCCUUCGGCAGCGGCCCACGGGGCUGCUCCGGCAAGCUGGCGGCGGUGGUGAUGGUGAAGGCGACGCUCGUCACUCUGCUGCGCUCGCAUCGACUCCACGCCGUGGCUGCCGGCGACGCUCUCAGAGGCCUCGGCACCAGCGGCGACCUCGCGGUCCACCCCCACGAGGGACAGGCGGGGCUCGUCCUGGCCUUGCUGAAGAGGGGCCACGGAGGUGGUGGUGGUGACGGUGGUGACGGUGACGGUGGUGGUGACGGUGGUGACGGUGGUGGUGGUGGUGAUAGUGAUGGUGAUGGUGACCGUGGUGGUGAUUGGAGUGUGGAGACCCACAGCCAUUAAAGUUGUGCGUCAUGGUGGCGGUGGUGACGGUGGUGGUGGUGAUGGUGGUGGUGAUGGUGGUGGUGAUGGUGGUGGUGAUGGUGGUGGUGGUGGUGAUGGUGGUGGUGACGGUGGUGA